GAAGAAGUUUGCGGAGCUGGAUGCUUCGACUUUCGCGCUCAAGCUCCUCUCGGAGUGCUUCGACCACGAUCGGAUGCUUCUUGAAUGUGUGGAUUGCAUCCUGGACCAGCUGGCCAAAUCGAGGGCCAGAAGGGCAUCGGCCGACGUGGUGGGCAUGGCGAUGGGGCGGACGCGGACGGCGAUGGCGACCCACGGCGCCGUGACCGCCGGCUCGUUGCUGCAGCGGGACGCCUUCCUGAUACGCAACGGGGGCUCCGACAUCGUCUACGCCUGGAUGGCCGAGCAGGACUACGAGCUCCUGCAGGACAAGUCCCACCAGGAGCUCGUCACCGGCUGGAUCGCUUCGCUGAACCGGCGGCUGGAGGA